AAAUUUCCUUAACAUUGCUGUUAUGACUUAGGACAUGAUACUGAAGCCUGAUGCUGCCUUGGAUGAGGUUAAUCUUAGACACUUUGUGACAUGUUGUGAUAAAUGCACAGAGUAAUAAUGCACACUUCCUAAACAUAUCAGCAAGUCAUGUAGUAGUACAUGAUACUUGACUGACUAAUCAUUUGCUAGCCAACUCAUGUUAGAGGGAAAAUCCAUGUAAUUGGCAAAUUACUGAUAGGUUUUAUAGGCACUAUUCUUUAAAAUUACACAGAAAAAAGGUUGAAGAGAAGAAAGGUAUGGCGUUUCGAUGCGAUGCAUGCUUUCUGACUACAACUUGAGUGAAACGGAAUGGAUAUUCACAGGACUACAGCAUCACCCCAACAAUCAAGUCAGCCAACGGAGUGUCGAUUUGUUUUGAUUGUCCAGGUGGACGCUAAAGGUGGAAUCAACCUUUUACCCGGCGGUGAGAAACCUCACAAUAAGGUUCGGGGAAUCACGUUCCUUUUUCACACUCAAUUUUCACGACAUGUAGUAGCCUACUAGCGUCUAGCACAAAAAGAUGAACGCCAUCUGCCUUGAUAUUUGCACGAUAUUAUUGACAGCCAUCCAAUGCAACACAUUCUUUCACAUCAUCCUGGUUACAGUCAGGACUAAAAGGCUACUCUUUUCACCCAUUGCGAUGUGGUGAUGCACACAAACACAACAAGCAUCUCACCACGAUGAUUAAACACACACAUUCAACACACCACAUCUAAAAUUUACAAUUGCACACACUGGCGACUACGUUCGCAGUCACAGGUUAGACAGGGAUAGCAACUGUUACCAUGAUUAACCUCAAGGUUACCAAGCUAAACUGUGGCUAGCUGUGGACCUGUGUAGUCUACAUGGAUCAGAGGCGAAAAGAGAAAGCCAGGGAGCACCUGCACAAGACUGGUCGGUUUAUAGUGAUUGGUGGCAUCAUUUCUCCUGUGCAUGACUCCUAUGGCAAACCGGGUCUUGUUCCCAGCAAACAUCGCCUCACCAUGUGCCAGAUGGCGGUUCAGUCAUCUGACUGGAUCAGGGUUGACCCAUGGGAGUGUUACCAGGACACCUGGCAAACCACCUGCAGCGUGCUGGAGCACCACCGAGACCUCAUGAAGAGAGUGACAGGAUGCAUCCUCUCGAAUGUGAACACACCCUCCACCCCUGUGAUUGGCCAGCCACAGAAUGAGACCACAACAACAAUCUACCAGAAUCGCAACAUGGCCAACAAGCCCACAGUUGUGAAACUGUGGGGCAAGAUGAGUGAAAGCCUGGGUAAAAUCUGCUGCGUUCGCCCAAACAUGGACCGCUUCACCUUUGUGGAUGAAAAUGCCAACCUUGGGACUGCCAUGAGAUAUGAGGAAAUUGAGCUGCGUAUCCUUCUCCUGUGUGGAAGUGAUUUGCUGGAGUCCUUCUGCAUCCCAGGCCUAUGGAAAGAGAGCGAUAUGGAGGUGAUUGUGGGAGACUUUGGGAUUGUGGUGGUGCCUCGGGAUGGAACUGACACGGAGAGGAUAAUGAAUCACUCGUCUGUGCUGCGCAAGCACAAGGACAACAUUGUUGUGGUAAAAGAUGACGUCAACAACCCAAUGUCUAUUGUCAGCUCUACCAAGAGCAGAUUGGCCCUCCAGCAUGGCGACGGGCAUGUGGUGGACUACCUGAGCCAGCCCGUCAUUGACUACAUCCUGCAGAGUCAGCUGUACAUCAAUGCCUCUGGAUAGGAGGGGAGGGGAGGGGAGGGGAGAAGCAUCUUGUCACACAUGUAUUGCUCGUCUGUCUCUGUGUGUCAAUCUUACAGUACUAUACUCCUCCCGUGCUGUUGCUUUUCCAUAUAGAGGAGCAUUAAGUAUCCAUGUCCUUUUCUUACUGUCUCAUAGUGACCCGUCCCACUGGGCCUGACUGAGAGUGUACAGUGUUGUGCCUGAGAGCUACAUUUACAUAUGGACCUCCUCCACCAAUGGGAUAAUUGGAACUUGAUUGUGUGGCUGGAGAGGGGGCCAAUGACAAAGAGAAUGAGAGCGGACGGAAAGACGGAGAAUGUUUUUGUUUUGUCGUAAGAAAGUGAGGCAGAGAGAUAAAAACAUUACCUGCUGUAAUGUUGGUCUUUGCUUUUAAAAUUUCAUAUCAAUGCUUUCCUCAA